AUGGCACAGCCUGGCAGGUUGAGCCCACAGAGGAUGAUUCCUUCAGAGGCGGAAUUUCCGAAUGGAGUGUCUCCAAGGCGGCGGACGGCGCUCAGCAUCGACCGAGUGGGCACCAAAGCGACGGAGUUGAUGGGGACGGCAAGGACACGUCGAGGAUCGCUCGUUCCCAGACCAAUUGGAGAACGAACGGAGUCGCCGGAGCGGAGCCGGAUGGGACGCCGCAUGACGAGGAUCAAGACCCAAAAGUUCCUCGGCACAGACCUGCGGAUUCCCCGUGGACGUGCCGAGAGCUUGCUGUAUACCUACGGAGAGGAUGAUGACCUUCAACCCAGCAGUCGGCGGCCUUCAUCUCUGCCUGGUGGUUUGAACAGCUUAGAAUCUUCAGGUUCGGGCCUUGGCUAUUACUUCAAGGACAAGUUGAAGGACCUGGAGAGUGCCAUGCAGCCGGAGCUUCGAAACCGGGCCUUGACAGAGGAUCUGCGGAGGGAUUUGUUGGCCCUUCCCAAAUUCAAAGAAAGCAAAGAAAUGGGUCAUGCCGUUGAGGAGGGCUACAUUACAGAGGACUUCUCCCGCUUGAUUUUCGACAAGUUUAAGAACGAAGCGGAGCCAGAAUUUCUGCAAGACCUGACACUGGAGGUGACCGGAGGAUUGAACAUGGUUGCGGAGAUUCCGCUGAAAGAGAAGUAUUUAUGGUUCAUUGUGCUUCUGGUGUCAGUGGUCUUCAAUGUCUCCUACUUGCUCCACUUGGAUUGGGCCAUCUUCAAGACGUACCUCACGGAGGUCUUUGGCACCUUUGAUCCGCGGCUCAUCGCAGAUCGUCUCUCGAACGGCGGCGGCUCGGAAUCCCGGAAAGAGAUCCAGGCACAGCUCUUGGACGACAAAAGCUUCAAGGCGAGUAUCUUUGGAUUGAUCUCAGAUCAACAGACUCGCAUGAUGAUUGUGAAUGCUGCUGUGAUGGUGGCGAUUUGGGAGGUGGCCUGGCUGUGCUUCCAAUUUGUUCACGCUCUUUACCUGCUGGGUCUGGUAUGCUUGGCCAAGUCGGAGUACAAGCGCUUCAAUGCCGUGGGCUACUUCUUCCAGAAGCUCUUGCCGCAGGUGAGCACCUUCUCGGCAGUGAAACUGUUGGCACGGGUACAUCCGUCCCUUCUCUCCCAUGAAUAUCGCAUCUGGGUCUCGGAGUGCUUGGUGCGGUUUUCUGAGGUGUGGACAUCGGAGAAAUACCAUUGGCUAUGUGAUGCUCACCAUCACGUUUGUGAUUUUCAACAUUUGCUGCGCCAUGGCAUCAGUGUCGGCCUUUUCCGUCAAGAUGCUGGCUGUGAGCUUCAAGUUGGUGAAUCCAGAGGUUCCCACGUGGCUGCGGUUGGCCAGCAUCUUGGCCACGUUGAACCAAGUGGUGGGGGCCGUCUACUUGGAACGCGUCCUUCAGGAUCGUAUUUUCCUCUUCGUCUUCGGUGGGCGGGAUGCGACCUAUGA